UCCGUGAAGCACACCAUGCUACAUUCCUGAAUCUCCAUCGGUUGAAGCUGUCUAUGGACCAAAGUCCCUUGCAAAGAUAUCCAAUGGUCAAUGCCUAUGUGCCCAUCCUUGCCAGUUUCUUCUCUGGAGCCGACUUGAAACCAGCCUUCAGGCUGUCCAGGGACAGCUUCAAGCUGCUGAUGCAGAGGCUGCCGGGUGAAAAAACUCACGUCUGGGGACGUGACAUAGAGGUGCUGGUUACUCUCUACUGGCUUGCCUGUGGAGCCUCUUACAGGGUUACUGCUGACAUCUUUUCUAUGCCCUUGGCCACAGUCUGCAGGAUUCUUCACAACCUGGUGGAGGCAAUGAUGGCAAUACUCCAUCGAGUCAUUCAUUUCCCAAAGCCAGAGGAGAUGGAGGAGGUGGGGGCCAGCUUUGUCUGCCUUGCUGGCCAUGAGGCAUUCCGGCAUGCAGCUGGUGCCAUCGACGGGUGUCACAUCCGAAUUGUUCCUCCUGCAGAGCCACAGAGAAAAUAUUAUUAUAACAGAAAACAGUUCCCUUCAAUUCUGUUGCAAGGCAUCUGCAAUGCAAAGGGCGCAUUUGUGGAUGUGUACAUUGGCAAUCCAGGCUCAGUGCAUGAUGCACUUGUUCUGCGCAGAUCACCAAUGUACCGCCAGGCCCUGUAUCCUCCAGAUGGGUACUUUCUCCUUGGUGAUGGAGGAUAUCCAUGCCUGCACCAUCCUACUGGCGCUCAAUCUUCUUGAGGGCCCUGGAGAUCCGAUCUUUGUUUGUCCCAACGGUUGUUGCUGCCUGCUGCAUUCUCCAGAAUAUCUGUGUGGCAGCAGGUGAUAUCCUGGGUCUGGAUGAGCGAGGUGAGUGAGAUGGUUUCAUUCAUCGGUGAUCGUACUCACUUACCAAGUGUGGAACCCUGUGGAAUAAGGAGGACACGUACCCCGGAUGGGGUCGGCUGCGACCUCGCGUCAUCUUUAAAGACAUUUCAAAGCCGUAGCAUUAGUUUUGUAAAUAUGAUUAGGAUUGUUUGUUCUUGGAGUGUGUUAAUGUUUUUUUGAAAAUAAAUAUAUUAAAUAAAGAUGUAACCUCCACAUGGGCGCUGCCGUGAAGUGGUGUGGAGGCUUAACGGCUGUUUGAUCUUUUGCCUGACAUUUCACAGAGGCACCUGCUCUGUACCUGUUUGUGUGGGACUCAUCAGGUCUAGGAUUCUCCUGGACUUCAGGUACUACAGGGCCUCAGGUGAUCUGGACUAUUUUAGGUCUAUCUGGUGCUACAGAAGUGUUUUAUGUUCUGUUUCAAAUGAAGACCUGCUGUUCAGCAGUAGGCUGAAAGCAUGAUGUUUGUUUAUUUUUGUAUUUAUCUAUUAAUCAAACAUCACCUCUGAAACAAUGAGCUGGAAAACAUGAACACGUUCACCGUGUAGAGCGGCUAAUAAAGAAGAUUUAAAAAUC